CAGUUGGAAAGCCGGGUGCUCCAAGGCGGUGCGGGGCUGGGGUGGGGGAGGUGUGGGCCCGCCCUGAGGAGCCGAGACCGGGCUCGGGGGCUGGGCCGACGGCUCCCCGGCAGCUGAGACCGCUGGAGAAGGAAGGCGGCGGCCCGAGGCGGAGGACUCGGCGCACGGCCCGCCGCGUCUCUCGCACAGCCGGGAGAGGAGGCCGAGGGGACCAUGUCCGGGAGGCGCUUCCAACUCUCCACUACCGAGCGCGUCAUCAAAGCUGUCCCCUUUCCUCCAACCCAACGGCUUACCUUGAAGGAAGUAUUCGAGAAUGGAAAACCCAGAGUUGAUGUUUUGAAAAAUCAUCUGGUAAAGGAAGGCCGACUGGAAGAGGAAGUAGCCUUGAAGAUAAUCAAAGAUGGGGCUGCCAUCCUGAGGCAGGAGAAGACCAUGAUAGAAGUGGAGGCUCCCGUGACAGUGUGUGGCGACAUUCACGGACAGUUCUUCGAUCUGAUGAGGCUGUUUGAAGUUGGAGGGUCGCCUAGUAACACACGCUACCUCUUUCUGGGAGACUACGUGGACAGAGGCUAUUUCAGCAUAGAGUGUGUGCUGUAUUUAUGGAGUUUAAAGAUUAAUCAUCCCAAAACAUUGUUUCUGCUUCGAGGAAAUCACGAAUGCAGGCAUCUUACGGAAUAUUUCACCUUCAAACAGGAAUGUCGAAUCAAAUAUUCUGAACAGGUGUAUGACGCGUGCAUGGAUACAUUUGACUGUCUCCCUCUUGCGGCUCUCUUAAACCAGCAGUUUCUCUGUGUCCAUGGAGGAAUGUCUCCUGAAAUCACUAGUUUAGAUGACAUUAGAAAAUUAGACAGGUUCACGGAGCCUCCUGCCUUUGGACCAGUGUGUGACCUGCUUUGGUCUGACCCUGCUGAGGACUACGGCAACGAGAAGACCCUGGAGCAUUACACACACAACACCGUGCGCGGCUGCUCCUACUUCUUCAGUUAUCCUGCAGUUUGUGAAUUUUUGCAGAACAACAAUUUAUUAUCAAUAAUCAGAGCCCAUGAAGCCCAAGAUGCUGGGUAUCGAAUGUAUAGGAAGAGCCAGACAACAGGCUUUCCAUCACUUAUCACAAUUUUCUCGGCCCCUAAUUACUUAGAUGUCUAUAACAAUAAAGCUGCUGUGUUGAAAUAUGAAAACAAUGUCAUGAAUAUCAGACAGUUUAACUGUUCUCCACACCCCUACUGGCUCCCAAACUUCAUGGAUGUUUUCACGUGGUCUUUGCCUUUCGUUGGGGAGAAAGUUACGGAGAUGCUGGUUAACAUUCUUAACAUUUGCUCUGAUGAUGAACUGAUUUCUGAUGAGGAAACAGAAGGAGGCACUACAGUUCGGAAAGAGAUCAUCAAGAAUAAAAUCAGAGCCAUUGGAAAGAUGGCGCGGGUCUUUUCAGUCCUUCGGGAAGAGAGUGAGAGUGUGCUGACCCUCAAGGGCCUGACCCCUACAGGUACCCUCCCCCUGGGCGUCCUCUCUGGAGGAAAGCAAACCCUUCAGACGGCCACAGUAGAAGCAGUAGAGGCCCAGGAAGCCAUCCGAGGGCUCUCGCACAAGAUCCGGAGUUUCGAAGAAGCCCGAGGUCUAGACCGAAUCAAUGAGCGAAUGCCACCCCGAAAAGACGGUGUCCACGCGGCGGGGUCAGGGAAAUCAGUAAGCCCCGCACAUGCAAACCCAGCGCACAGGAGCAGCGACCACGGGAAGAAAACCCAGUAGUGGCCCAGUCCUGCGCUGGCACAGCUGGAUUCAGAACCUAAGAACAAGUUUCAGUUAUUUAUUAUUGGAAAAAUGAGACAGUGACAACUCAAGACAAACCUGGAGGUGCAUUCAAACUCAGUCGGCAUUUAUUCUGUAAGGAAGGUGACCAUUUUGUAACUUCUUC